CCGGAAGAACUAUACCGGACGUUUACAAACGUUCAGAGACUGCAAAGCGCUACAAAACUAGAAAACAAGUGAAAAUCAUUUAUAUCUGGAUAACGACUUUGAACAACGAAGAAAUGGUUUGUGAAAAGUGUGAGAAGAAACUCGGGAAGGUAAUAACCCCUGACACCUGGAAGGAUGGAGCAAGGAACACCACAGAGGGUGGUGGGCGGAAACUGAACGAGAACAAGGCUCUGACGUCCAAAAAGGCCAGAUUUGAUCCGUAUGGGAAGAAGUCAGGAUUUGCCAUAUGCCGGAUAUGUAAGAGCUCUGUUCACCAGUUAGGUUCACACUAUUGCCAAGGGUGUGCUUACAAGAAAGGGAUUUGUGCCAUGUGUGGGAAAAAGGUUCUGGAUACCAAAAACUACAAACAGACCUCCGUCUGAGAGACGGACCAUUUGACUUGGUGGGAAUCAAGAAGCAAGACUAGAGCAGCUGUGGGGAGAAAAGAGUCAGACGGCACGUGCUUUAUAAAUAGUAGUAGCAGGUUUCUCUUAGACCCCUGUCUGAGGCUAGCUCGCAAAGGUAGAAUCAGCUGAGGGUAUCCUUUCUUUAUCCCCUGUGUGUGUGUGUGUUUGUGUGUGUGUGUGUGAGAGAGAGAGAGAGAGACAGACAGACAGACAGACAGACAGACAGACAGACAGACAGACAGACAGACGUCUGUCCUGUAUUCCCUGGGAUGGGAAGUGUGAUGCGUGUAUGGACAUGUUCCCCUUCCGUACUGCACAUGGCUUACGUAACCUUCAUCUUCCCAACAGCAAUACACACAGGAGCACUGUGGUCAUAAAACACCCUUCAAUUCACUGGUGAAUAUAGUAGACACCUCCAUCUAUACAGGAUUUCUGACUGUUUUUUAUUUUACUAACUGUUUGUGAAAUAAUGUUUAUCAUUUAAUACUUUGUGCAAUAAACAAUUUUAUUUUG